AUGUCUGAGAACCCUUGGUAUGAUUACGUUGUUCAACGUCCACUCGUCACACCAACUGUGCAAUACAUCAGUAAUUGCGUUGCCUGGACUCGGUGUCAACUUAAUUACACUCUGUAUGACAUUGAAUAUAUACAUCCGACCACUUUUUUACCGUCCCAAGCUCUAGGAAAUUGCGAUGCAAAGACUAAAACCUGGAUCGUUGCUGAUGGGCAACGCAUGUAUAAUUCUACUAACUGGACUUCAAUUUGUGUUAUGGAGAUACAGAAAGAGCUUUGCACUCCCAAAACUAACACCACUUUUCUUUUUGCAUAUUCCAAUGAUAUGGACGCAGCAAUAGUGCAACAAAUUAUUAAAGAUCUGGAUACAAUUGAUGAAGAACUCUCACCGCAAUUUACAACAAUAGCUAAUAUUCGUUUUGAUGUUCUACAAGAAGAAACGAUUGAGUAUCAUAACAAUUAUAAAGAUUGGAUAACCGCGAUGGGAUCUAAACUUCCCGACCCUUCAUUAAGCUUUACAAGCCCAGAAACUGGAAGUGAUGUAUUGAAAGUCUUUUCGAAGUUUAUCAAUAACACUCAAGUUCCAAUUUGUGGUUCUCGAAUAUACAUAUUAAUGAAGCGUUCUCCAAAUGAACAAGAUAUCACAGAUUUGGUAGCUCAAAUGAGAAAAUACCGAAUUUAUUUUUUUCUUGUUACUUCUUCAAUUUCAUCGGGAGGUUCUCAUCCGGAAACGAUUAGACGUCUAACUACUCAAACAAACGGAUGGGAUUACUACUAUGCAGAUAGCUACUUCGUUCCAUAUGCACACGUUUUACCACCGUUUUUCUAUAGUGAUAACUUGAUUUACGCUGCAAACGUGAACUUAUCACCAAACGGUUCAAUCGCUUUACCAAAAAUGACAGUGCCUCGUCAUCAAGCUAUGUUUUACUUGAAUUAUGACAACUUGAUGUCAGAAAUUUUAUUUUUGAAUGCCUCAGUUUACGACAUGCAGCUGGAUUAUGAAGUUAGUGAUGGCGUUAUCUAUGCAGUUCAAAUUAGAAUUUAUACGAGCGGAUCUGACGGCUACUGGAUUCCAUAUGAUGACUGA